CAGCAAGUACUGGAUUGCCAUCUUCCUCCAAUGGAGGCGGAAAUGAAACUAAUAACUCAUCGAAGAAAUACUUACGUUCGUCGAUAUUCCAGGGUGUUAUCCUCAGUUGGAUCGUUUCGGUUUUAAUGUUAUUACUAGCAAUCAUUGUAGCAAAGCAAGGUCAAGUGAAGGACAGUAAUGUCAUAUGGGACUUAAGAGUUGGGCUUUUCUUGACGGCUGUAACAGUAAUCACUAUAGUAACGUCAUUUGUUGUAGGGUUUAUAGUACCAGCCAUAUUAGCAGGAAUCCUUAUAAUAAGCCAAACGUCCAACUUAAACGGAACAGGUACGAUGAUUAGUCAAUUAAUGGAAUCGGCCAUGUCUCGUAGUCUAUGGUGCACUUUGACAGCUUGCUUUAAAUCCAAUAAAACUCGAAAACUAGCUAUUAUGAUUGCCUUAGUCAUAGUGUGGCAAUAUGUUGCAACUUUGGCUGACUUAUAUCUUCAUGCCACUGCUAUCGGAAAUUCCCAACAAAUGCCUGGACCAACAAUUCCAAGCGCCAGAUCAUUAGAAAUAGCAAAUAAUUGUUCUGAGAUAUCUUAUUCAAAUAAUUGUGCAUCACAAAAUCUGAAUCCAAGAAAAAUAUUAACAGUUUACCAAAAUACAAGUGAUACCUUACAAAUUCGGAAUAAUGACGACGGUAUUUAUCUUUUGCAAUCACCACCUUCAGAAAAAGCCUAUUCAUAUUCAGGAUCAGGUGUCUUUUUGCGUUCCUCUUGUGUACCUAUUAGUAGUAUAUGUAAUUUAAAAGCCAGAUUUGGUUCCAACACCAAUUAUUCUUGUCCUGGAACAUUGUGGUUUGCCUCAGGAAAUACUGUAACGAAAGAAUUUGAUAUAAACGUUACCAGCGCAAUUAAUAGCCAAGGAAAAUAUGUAGCAUCUAAUCCCAUACAUGCAAUUGUCACUGCACGCUACAGUCAAGUAGUUUCAACGAAUUAUGAUUCAGAGUUCGUGACUGAAGUACAUGGUGAUCUUUCAAUUUUAUUACACUGUCAAAUAUUAGCUUCAAAGAUCGAUUACGUUAUUACUCUUGGAUCUUUAAAAGUAUCCUCACAAGAAAAUCUUACGAAUUCUCAAAUUUUUACUCUCGGUGCUGCAUCAAUGAAUUAUAACAUGGCAUUUCGAUCGAUAAUUGCUGCCCAAGUUAUAGCAAAUAAAGGAAAUAGUACAUUAUUCGCUAAUUCAUUUGCACAACAAUGGGCUCGAUCAACAAUUUCUGCAUUCAGUCCUAUUGUACAAGAAAAUAGUGCAGGAGGGGGAUAUUCUUAUGCAAUCGAGGUGAAUAAAGACCAAACCAUUGUUCCACUUUCAGCAGUCGCAAUUUAUGCUAUUAUUGUCAUAUUGCCGCUGUUAAUUUUCUCGUAUAUAUGUGUUUAUUCUCUAUUUAAUCGACACACAAAUUGGAUACUUGCAGAAUUCAUAUGUACACCACAAAGAUUGCUUUAUCAAACCUUAGUUAAUGGACAUAAUGUGAAUGAUGGUUGUUCGGAAAGCUUGGCAGCACAAGCAAAUAAAAUGGAAAAAAUUGAGUGCAGUGUUAAAAUAAAUAGGAAUCAUUGCAUUAUUCUUGGCUGGGCUGUUUCUAUAAUAGUAUUAUUAUUAGUGCUCGCCGCUGGAACACGAGGUCAAAGGAAAGAUUUCAAUGUUACAUGGGAUCUGCGUGUAGGUCUAUUCUUGACUGCUGUCACAAUAAUUACAAGAACAAUAUCUUUUGCCGCCGGAUUUAUGGUACCAGCCAUUUUAGCAGGUGUACUCGCCUUUAACAAAAUUUCUAAUUUAAAUGGGCCAGGUACAACGAUUAGUCAAUUAAUGGAAGCAUCUAUGUCUCAUAGCCUAUUUUGCACUUUGAAAUCUUGCUUUAACUCUGGCCAAACUCGUAAGCUUGCUAUCGCUAUUGCUUUUGUUUUUGCAUGGCAAUAUUUAGCAACGAUAGCAAAUUUAUACCUUCAUACAACUGCUAUCGGAAAUUCUCAACCACUGCCUGGAACAACAGUCUCAAGCACCAAAUCGUUAGAUAUAGCAACCAAUUGUUCUGAUACAGCUCUUUCAGACAAUUGCGUGGCACGUAAACGUGGAAUGAAAAAUGAAGAUAAAGCAUUGGAUGUGUACUAUAAUACGAGUGAUUCUCUAAAAGUUUGGCACACUAAUGAUGGCGUUUACCUUUUGCAAUCACCGCCUGCAGAGCAAGCCUAUUCAUAUUCUGGAUCUGCCGUUUUUUUAAAACCUUCCUGUAAACCUAUUAGCAGUGUGUGCAAUUUAAGGAGCAUAAAUUUCAAUGUUACAAGUUACAACUGCCCUAAAACACUAUGGUCUGCUUCGGGUGAUUUAUUAAGUAAUGAUACAAUGAUAUAUGAUAUAGGCAUAAACGUUACCAGCGCAAAUUUUGUCUUACAGCAACGCUAUGUAGCAUCUAAUCCUAUAGAAGCAAUUAAUUAUGUACGCUAUGUUAAAGAUUAUUCAACUAAUUAUGAUUCUGAGUUUGUGAGAGAAUUAAAUGGUAAUGUCACGAUUUUACUACAUUGUCAAUUACUCUCCUCAGUAGUCGAUUAUGUUGUUACUCUUGGAUCUCUAAAAGCAUCUUCACAAAGAAACUUGACAAAUUCACAACUUUUUAAUCUUGGUGUUGCGUCAAAACAAUAUUUAGUGACGCGUAUAGCACAACGUGAUAUCGAAAUCGUAACUUACAAAGGAAAUAGUACAUUAUUUGCUGAUACAUUUGCGCUGCAGUGGGCCCACGCAAGAUUUCAAAGUGCAAAAUAG